UUUCAAUCCGAUUCGAUCUAAAUCCUCAGACAUGUCAGAUCAUGAUGGCGGCGGCCAUGGCCGCGAACUUUGUCGUCUGCAAGUCGUCCUUCGCGCGCAAUUCAGCACUCCUACGCGACGCCGCCUGCAAAUGCAUGAAAUCCACGAAAGCGUCGAAGAGCCAAAUCGUCGCCGCUUCGGAGGGCGGCGACACCAGCAGCGCGCGGACGCCCAAAAAGUCCGCGAGCGCCGCGAAAGCGGUCAAGAAGUUCAACUUCGAAAACCUCUCCCUGUACGGACCCGUUCUGAGGUCUUCGAAAGGUACCAAGCUCGACAAGGGGCUACGUCUCAGUUACCUCGACGAGCGGGCUCCUCGGCGUUUGAAGGUCUCCAGGUUGGCGUGCGAAGAGCCCGAGACAGCGAGGGUCGUCAGGGCGGGCGAGCGCCUUUACAGGAAUCAGUUGGAGGCUGAACUCCUGGACGCCUUGACGGCGACCCACGACGAAGCGGCGCGGCUGGCGGCUACGAGCGAAGACGCCGAACAGAAGGUCGACGUCAGAAUCCCGACGAAGAGCUUCGACCUCGAGGCGACGCUCAACUUUCCCCUGCUCAACUUCCUGCGAGACGGUGUGCCCGAGGACGACACCGACGUCGGCGGAGAAGACGUCGUGGCGGCGACGUCUUCGCCUUCGCCGCCUCAAGACGACGCUCAGGGCCUUCGCAAAACGCCGAAGUAUCCCAGCGUGACGACCAUACUGAAGGACACGAUCGACGAGCAGUCCAAGUUGCGACUCGAGUUGUGGAAGCAGAACAUGGUGGCCGAAAUGGGCGAGGAAGGGUUCAAGAAGUACCAGGAAUCAAUCCUCAGUCAGGGGAAGUCACUGCAUGUCAACAUCCACGAUCUCCUCAACGGGAAGCCAAAGGAGGACAUCGUGGUGAGGCCCGAAAACGAGGGCCACUGGCGAAGCCUCGAAUCCUUCUGGCCCGAAGUCAGCGAGGUGGCUCACCUGGAAAGUGCCGUGUGCCAUCCACACUUGCAGUAUCGUGGAAUCAUCGACUGCGUAGCUGUGUGCCGGGGCGAGAUGGUGCUGAUAGACUGGAAGACGUCCAAGAAGCCAAAGCCGCGGCUGUCAGACACCUACGACAAUCCGCUGCAAGUGGCAGCAUACAUUGGUGCACUCAAUUACGAUGACAAGUACAAUAUUCAGGUUCGAGACGCGAUGAUCGUGAUCGCCUACGAGGACGGCAGUCCAUGCCAGGUCCAUCACCUGGGACCCACCCUUUGUCAGAGGCACUGGCAAAGAUGGCUACAGAGGCUACGCGCCUACUGGAACCUGCUGCACCAGAGCACAGCGAUGUUGUAAUUGCCGAAUCAAGAACUUGCUUUCCUGCUUGUGCUAUUAUGUCGUGGACUGACCACAGAAGAACAAUUCAUCCAUGCUUUAGUUUGGUCUUUUCUUUUUUUUUUUUUUGCCUUGGAACUAUGUCAGAUGACCACUACCACUGGACUUCAAUGCGGUCGUCUUUGUGUUAAGAAGCGCCAUUUGGACGUUCACCAACAGUUGACUUUACUAUGCAACGAACAAUGACCUUAAUAAAAGUAUGAUCGCGUACUGCGCUUA